CAUAUUCGGAAGCUCAGACCGACGCGUCCUCUUGCCUACAAAAUGUGACCCUAGGCUAUUUAAAGACUUUGUAUCGUCUUCUUUAUUCUUCCUCAGACAUUGCCGAGGGUACUGGCAAAGAAUUGUGCUCGAGCAUAUAGACACACGUCAAAGGAACCGGCAUCAUGGCAGAACAAUCGGUGCGAGGGCAGAGCCCGCCGAGGCGGAUGAGAGCGUGCGUUCCAUGCUCCAGGUCGAAAGCUCGAUGCAACUUUCGGGAGUCCAAUGUCGCGCGACACUUGUGUGACAGAUGCCAGGAUCACGGCAUUAAGUGCGUGGCCAAGUCCACGAAGAGCCUGAGGAAGCCGAGACAGAUCCGGCCCUUGAACAGUCGCUUGUCGACGUUGGAGAGACAGCUCGAAACGCUGACUGCGGCGUUGGAGAUUCGCGCUGGAGGCUCGUCGCUGGACUCGGGUGCGGCCAAGUCUGAAAACCGCGCUGGCGUCCUCAGCGCCGACCAAGUAACCGCGGCCUUGACGCCCGACUCGAUGGCGACGAACAGCAGCCGCGAUGGGCCGGCCGUCAACCGACACGGAGGUGGCGAGGAAGCACAAGCCGCGGCCGUCACGGGGCCAGAUGCCGUCCCCGUCUACGGAUUGACGUGGCCCCAGGCGGAGCGCAUUCUGGACAUUUUCCGCACAAAGCUCAUGCCCAACUUCCCCUUUGUCAUCGUCCAGGCGCACACAACCGCCAAGACCCUCCUAGAGGAGAAGCCGUUCCUCUUCCGGGCCGUGAUGCUUGCCGCGGCACCGCUCCCGCCGCCUAGGCUGGCCAAGAUGAAGCGCAGCGUGCUGGCGUACCUGGGGCAGCACGUGCUGGUUGAGGAAGAGCGCAAGCUAGACCUGCUGCAGGGUUUGCUAGUCUGCCUCGCGUGGGCCGAUCUACGCCACUUGCAGGACGAGCAAGUAACGAGUCUGACGUACCUGGCGCUUGGGUAUGCGCAUAAUUUGGGCAUCACGAGGAUGCCCCCGGUGCUGCUGCGCAUGAUUGGUAUGGAUGAGGGGCCGGAGGAUGUGAUGCGGAGCAAGAACCAGGCCAUGAUGCCGCAGAGCACGCACUCUACAGAGGAGCAGCGCGCGUAUCUCGGCUGCUAUUGUCUUCUUUCGGUCAACUCGACUCAGUUUGGGAGACAGAACGGGCUCAAGAGCCAGUACAUUGAGCUCUGCGGCAAUGCGCUCAAGCACAACCGCCAACAUGCGCUGGACGCCUUCCUCGAGCGCACCGUGCGGCUGAUGCAGAUGGGCGAGAAAAUAUCGGAGGCCUUUGGCGCGGCCAACGACUGCGAGCGCGGAAAGCCGUACCUCUUCCUCCUCGAGGACCAGACCACGGCGUUCAGAGCCGAGCUCGACACCGUGAUGGACUCACUCACCCAGGAGCUAGCGCACGAACGGGCGACUCACGCCCACGGCAUUGACGAACGCCAUCUCGACAGCUGGGAGAAGGCGGCUGUGCUACACUACAACUACCUCCUCGUACGUCUGUACGAGCCGGCCACGCACCUGCAGGAGCUUGGCGCGGACGACGGCGACGGCGAGGGGUCCUCGAUGGCAGCGUACCGCGCGUGGUGCCUGGGCUCGUGCCUCGAUGCCGCCAAGGCCUACUUGGACAUGCUCUUCACGCUGCACCCGGCGUACUAUCUGUAUUAUGGCAUCGCCAAUUCGGAGCAGGUGACGUUUGUCAUGGUGAUCUCGACGCGCCUGCUGCUGCUGCCCGCCGCCCCCGGGUGGGAUCGGUUUCGCGCGCGGGAGUCACUGGACUUUGUGGCGGUGCUGGACCGCCUGAGAGAGUGUCUGGAGGAGGCGGACGCGGAGCGUCGGCAGGACGUGGAGGCGUUUACGCGUGAGAUGGGCGUGGACGUCUCGGAGGAGGAGACGGCCGCGGAGGGAAGGCUCAUGGGCACGGCGAGGAAGUUGAGGUGGGCACGGGCCUGGUUCGAGAAGAAGGUAAAGGAUGGUGACGACAGGACAGUUGGGCAACGACGAGGCGGCAGCGACGCGGCAGCAGGGGAGACGGUGGCCGGGGAGGGAGAGGCCGGGGAGGAGGAGGAGGUACAGAAGGAGGUUGUGGUGGUGGGCCGGGGCGAGAGCUUGGAAAAGGCCGACGAGCGGGCCAGGUAUAGGGCCAUAGAAGGCGGAUCGUACUGGUUCGGCGGUCUGAUGCCGAACUCGGCGUGGAGCUUUGACGACGUCGACAUGUAGGGUCUUUUGGAUUCUUUGUUGGUUACUCUCUUGGGGGUUGCCGAGUUGAUUUUCUCACUCUUUCUUCUCAGUCUCGCUCUCUCCAUCUCUGCUGGC